AUGGUAGAUGCUAGUGUAGGUUGUGUAGAUUCAGCUUUAGAAUAUUUUUGUGGUUACCAGUCAGUUGAAAAUGAAAAACACUUAAUUUCUAUUGCUGGAAUAAAUCAAGAGAUUUUUAAUUUAUUUCUUACAUACAUUCCAGAACAGUGCCAUUCAAAAAAGAGCAGGGAAGAUAGGCUAUUAUUAUGUUUGGUUAAAAUAAAAUUAGGAAUAACAUUUACAGCAGUAUCAAUAUUUUUUAAAUUACAUCGUUCUACAUGCUCAAGAAUUUUUAAAUCUGUGUUAUCAAUAUUAGUGUCGAAUACCAAAUCAUUUAUAUUUUGGCCAAGCAAGCAGUCAAUUAUUUCUACCUUACCAAUGGCAUUUAAAUUACAUUAUCCUAAUUGUCGGGCAAUAAUUGAUUGUACUGAGAUAAAAACUGAGCAGCCUCCCAAUGUUAAUCAACGCGUUUUUAUGUAUUCAAAUUAUAAAUCAGCUUACACUUGUAAAUUUUUAAUUGUUAUUGCUCCAAAUGGUAUGAUAACAUUUUUGUCUAAAGCUUAUGGGGGAAGAUCCAGUGAUAGUUUUAUAACUAAUGAUUCAGGAUUUUUAAAUUUAUUAGAACCUGGUGAUGAAAUAAUGGCUGAUAAAGGUUUUCCAGGAAUAAAGACUGCUGUAGGCGAAAACAACUCUGUAUUAGUCAUGCCUCCUUUUAUGCACAAUGGUACUCUAACUCAAGAUGAAAUUAUAAAUACCUACCAAAUUGCCAGUGUUAGGAUUCAUGUUGAAAGAUCAAUUCAAAGAGUAAAAAUUUAUAAUAUAUUACAAAAAAUACCUACAGAGUUAUUAGAGUGUAUUGAUAAGAUCAUAUUUUUAUGUUGUGUUAUGACAAAUCUGCAACCACCUACAAUUAAAGCACCACUUUAA